CGUCACUCCUACAACUUGUGGUGGCCAGGCGUGUCUGCAUUGCUUCUUCUUGUCAUUUAAUGAUCACGCGAGGAUUGUUCUUAGUUUCAUAGUGAGUUUUUUGUUUUUUUUACAAUUUUUUUUUAUUUUUCUGAGCAUCGCAAUGUAAUUUAUAUGAUUAACAUUAUUUCAAGUAAAUUUAAUCCUUUGAUUAAAAAAAUAAUUAAUUUUAAAUUAAAUUAAUAGUUCAUCAAUUUUAUUUUUGGAUCUAAUCAAUUUGAAUAAAAUUGUAUUAUUCUCUCAUGUUCUUUAAACAUAGCUAUGUUCCUUUGUGUAUGUUAUGUUUAGUUCUUUGUAAAUAUCACAAAUAAAUAUUAAUGAAUAACUUAAUUACUUUUUAAAUUCCCAAAGUUGCUGUAUAAAAGCAUAUUUAUGAUAUCUUUAAUAAAAGUUUUUAAACAGAAUUCCUUCAAAACAUAUGUCUUAUAAUUACCAAAGCUUAAACCAAUCAAAAAUUUAUUUAAAAUAUUCAUUUUCAUUCACUUUUUUUCCAUUUCAGCGUUUUUUAAAAAUGACGUCGAUAUCGAAAAAUUUCCUGCUGAUUGGUAAAAGUGGAGUCGGGAAAACUGCAACCUUUAACUCCAUAUUAAAUAAAUCUGAACCUAAUAUUAGCUCAGGGCCAAUCAAACCAGAUGUUCAAAGCAUGGUAACAGAGGAAGGUACCAAUGUUAGUGCUAUAGACGGUUUGAAUGUUAUUGAAAUUAGGGAGGCUGCUGAUUUUACAGAGGUUGAAAAAGCUCUUGCAUAUGUUGAUGGGAUUUCAGCCUUUUUAAUCAUCAUGAAAUUCGGUGAAAGAUUUACUGAGGCAGAUGGGGAUGUCAUCCUGGCUACUAAAGCUGUUUUUGGUGAGGGUGUCUUGAGUAGGUUUGGAAUAUGCGUCUUCACAAAUGGUGACAUGUUUAAGAGACAAGUUGACAGUGGAAAUGAAAACUUUCAUACAAUUGAAGAAUGGUUGGAUGAAGAGACUGGGAAAAUGAAAGAGGUUUAUGAAGACUGCCAAAGAAGAGUCGUUCUAUUUGAUAAUAAACUGAAAAUAGAGGACAAGAAACAAAAUCAAAGGUUAAACCUUUUUCAAAAAGUGGAUUCAAUGAAAACAAAAUCCAACAGCAAAUAUACUUUAAAGGAGUUUGAAGAUUUUGAUGGGAAAGAGAAAUUGAUUCAAAGAAAACGUCAAAAAGACAUGGCGGCAGAUACUCAAACAAAGAUAAAGGAUUUCAGAGAUCGUUUCCAUAAAAUGAGUAAAGAAGGCCUUGAUAGACAAGGCUUGAUUGACUUACAAAAAGAAUUAGAAAAACAGCUUUUGGAAAAAGAAUGUUCACCCGAAAGUGUCCAUUUACGAGUGCUCUUGGAUGAAGUGAAAUCAGCCAUUGGAUGUGGGAAUACCAAAAUUAAGAGCCCACCUCAAAAGAAAUAUGACAAUGGGCAGCUUGAUGUGAAGACCGCUUCGCAAAAUGAAGAAUUUAUCACGAUACAACUGUCAACAAAACUGCUAUCUGAAAUAGAGGAAGCAUUUGCAAAGUUCACCAAAUUAAAUGAGGAAUUGUUAAAGACUGAGAAUGUGGCAUUUGAACUGAAGAAAGAAAUAGAAAGUAUGAUAUUGUCCUUCCUUGAUUUGCAAUCCAAAUUGAAAGACGCUAGAGUGAAAGAAAAUAGCGUACAUGAGGUAUACAAAGAAUAAACAAACAACCCCAAAUAUAAUUACAUACAUGUUCGUAACGAUUUUAUCAAGUUAGAUUUUUUUUUUAAAACCUAAUUCGUCUCAUUUAUUAUUGUAUGUCCAUAUUUAAUCAUUAUAUAUAUUUCAGAAGCUUAUGUUAGUUGAUAAUAUGUUUUCUUGCAAUUUAAAUGAUAACAUAGUAUGAUAAAAAAAAUCACUCUACGGUUAGCGUCAACUUUUUAAAAAUAUAUCUCUAUUUAUUCAUUUCGCCUUUCAUGCUAAAAGAAAUACUAUGAUUAUAAUAAAUAUAAAUUAUUUUACAGGAAGCUCUGUCUAAUGGGAAACAUUACCCAACGAAUCCUAAAAGUGACCAAGGACGAAGCUUGUCUUGUAAUCUUCUAUGAAAAGAUGUUAAGUAUCAUCAGGAUCGAGCUCUUGAUGAACGCUAACCAGAUACAAGAAUAAAAAAAUUAAUUUUUGUUGUUGCUUCCUAAUGUUUGAGAAGUUAGGAUUAGUAGGACUAAUUUAUGUAAUAAUAAAGUGUGUAGAGAAAAUUUCAAUCCAAAUAAACAGAUUUUUAUCUUUAUAACCAUAAUUUUAUUUUAAAUUUAAAUGUGACUUUAUAAACUAAGACUUACAGAUUUAUCAUCGUUGUCAUUUGGCUAUACAUAUUUUGCUUAUAAACUGAUAAAUUCUGUAUACGUAUAUACUGAAUAUUCUGAAUACCUUGUAUUAAGUACGCAUUGUACUCUUGUAGACCAACGCUUCGUGCAUAGUGAAUAGACACAAAUGGUUCGAUUUUACAUGAGGUCAUAUUAUUCUAUAAUAAUAGCAUGCCUUCUUUAAUCCUGACUACACACAGUGAGUCUUUUGUUCUAAUAACUUUAUAAUGAGAAACUUGAGACGAAACCAAGCUGCUAUAACGCAUUGGCACCAACUCCAUCUCAAUCUUAGAGGGACAUUAAAAAUUACAAAAAAAUCAUUUAAAAAACCAUUUAAAGAAUUUUUUUCUUUAAAUAGAUUUUAGGACAUCACAGCGCUGUGAGUAUGCGAAAAAAAAAGAACGAAAGCGCUAUAAAAGUACUUAAUCAUCAUCCUCAUAAUCAUCAUCAUCUCAUAUUAUUAAUGAUUAAGGGUAGUACAAAAGGUGAAAGUUGAAAAAUAUUUUGGUAUGCUUUUGUUUGAUGUUAUUAGUGCUAGAAUCAGAGCAUGACUCUAGUAGAUUUUUGUCUUUUAACCCUUAUUGGAAUAAUUCACGUGACAAAAAUAAACAGUAACAAUAAG